AUGGCGCUUUCAAACCUCCAUGCCCCGCUGGCGCGGGGAGUUUUGCUGGAUGGAUACAUCCAAUAUCGGAGCAAGGCGGACGGAUACUGGGAGUCCAGGUAUGAAGCGAGAGUCAGCGAGGUGAGGGCGGCGAUCGAUCAUCGAACAUCGUCGGCCGCCCCAGAGGCGCCAGCUCCGGACGCUACAGAGGCUCCGUCCCUUCCGAGUGAUUCGGAUGUUGAUUCGGAUGAUAAGCCAGCAGUCACUGCUGCACCAGCGUUUGCUGAAAAGCCGGCCGUCGCUGCCCCAAGUUCGACUUCUGCUCCACCUCAGCCUGAUACCACCCCUCCAGCGUCCCCUUCCUCCAGCCCAACAGCGUUUCCGCAAGCCAUAUCUUCAAGUAUUGUCAAAUUAGACCCUUUAUCCGACUCGACAUCGCUUUCUAGCGCUCCAACCAAUCCUAUAUUACCUACGACGUCGCUGCAGACCAGCGUAAUAGACCCCGUAUCGAUGCCGUCCAGCGCCGUCAACCAACCUCCAUCGGAGAUGCCGGGAGGGUUGAGUCCGAGCGUCAAACAGGCGGCGAUCAUUGCCGGCGUAGUUAGCGCGAUCCUCGCCAUCUUUUUCCUUUGUUUCAUAAUCUGGCGCUUCCGCCAUGGGGCGACCCUGAGGACCGUGUUCCAAAAGGAGUGCCCGGAGAAGCAGGCUCCCAGCCGCCCACCCUCCGAUGCGCUCGCACCGUGGAGACUUAUUCCCCGGGCAAGAAGUUCCUGGCAUAGUCUGCGGCGCACCACACGCAACUGGAGCGUGCCCGCAUAUGCGUGGGAUCGCAGGGGCGCGUGGGAGAGGAGUCAAGGAAGGCAAACGCCGGAGGGAAGCUUUGACAGGCUCGGGGAGCUACCUCGACCAUACCCGGCUGCCAAAAUACCAGGGCGCACAACCGCGCGUCCGCUUCUCCCGACCCCGGACUCCAGUACUUUCUUCGACGACCGCUCCACGAUCGGGCACGCCCUCGACCCUUCCGCCGUUUUGGCAGCGAUCCAUACCGACGAGAACUCUACCAAAGCUCCCCCCCCCAACCGAUCCAGCUCGCCCGUCCUUCCCUCAGCCCUUCCUGACUCCAGCACCACCGACGCCGGCCACGAAACCCGCUACUCCUCCACCCUCUCCACCUCCACCAUCCCCCCCCCACCCCCCUUCAAAGCCAGCCGCUUCAGCUGGACCAACUCCCAAGCCCCCACCACGCCCCGCCUGCACCUGAUACCCAGCCCGACCGCCGACCACCGCACGCACGCCGAGCUCCGCAAAUCCACCGCCUCCGAGCGCGCCCGCGACCGGAAGUCCCGGGAAUCCAAAUUCAGUGAGACGUCGUCCCUCAGCUCGGCCCCGCGGUAUCGCACCGUCGACAGCUGGGUCGGGAACCAGACUACCCGGGUGGCCAGCCAGAUCCGCGCGGGCAUGCCGACGACGCCGACGACGCCCACGAGCGCCACUCCCGAUAACCCCAACCCGUUCACGGACGCGCAUGCGCUGCCGUUUCCGCCGCCGGUGCCGAAAUCGCCAAGAAAGCGGACGGGGGAGCCGCAGGUGCCGGAUGUGCCGGAUCGGUAUCGGCGGACUGGGGCGAGGCGGCCGGACACGACGGUUAGUGAGGCAACGGUGUUUCGGCAGCACCCGGGGACGGAGGUGGUGAUUCCGCGGGGGAGCUUGGUACCGAGUGAGAUGCUGGACGUGAAGGUAUCCGCGUUGUGA